UUUUCCGUUCGAAUUCGAGCCCUGUCGAUAGAACUGAUUUUCGUCGUCUCCCUCGUUCUCCGUGUUGUUGUUCAUCUCGGUGACGCGACAGAGGUGUAGCCUGACGCGGUCUCUUACGUGUCGGUCUGAAUAAAAGUGGAGCUCGGAGGACCCGGGAGUGACGAAGCGAGUCUGUGUCGGGCUCUCCAGAGUUCUCCACCCGCCAUUCCAGCCAACUAAAUGACCAUGGAAGCGGGAGCCGAUACACAGCAGGGUGGUGACACAGCUGUUUCUGAGUCUGAGGCCCAGCAGAUCACACUGGCCCAGGUGUCUAUGGCAGCAGGACAGGUCUCCUCCAGCGGCCCCACAGUCACCCUGGUGCAGCUACCCAACGGUCAGACGGUUCAGGUCCACGGGGUCAUCCAGGCCGCCCAGCCCUCGGUCAUCCAGUCGCCUCAAGUACAGACUGUUCAGAUUUCAACAGUUGCAGAGGAUUCCCAGGACUCCCAGGAGUCGGUGGACAGUGUGACAGACUCUCAGAAGAGGAGGGAGAUUCUGUCCAGACGUCCUUCCUACAGGAAGAUCCUGAACGACCUGUCGUCUGACGUGUCUGCGGUCCCACCGAUCGAGGAGGAGAAAUCGGAGGACGACUCGACCCCCGCCAUCACCACCGUUGCCAUGCCCACAUCAUGCCCCAUCUAUCAGACGGCCAGCGGCCAGUACAUUGCCAUCACCCAGGGCGGCGCCAUCCAACUGGCCAAUAACGGUACAGAUGGCAUGCAGGGGAUGCAGACCCUGACCAUGACCAACGCGGCGGGCGCCCAGCAGGGCACCACCAUCCUGCAGUAUGCCCAGACCUCAGAUGGACAGCAAAUCCUGGUGCCCAGCAACCAGGUGGUAAUGCAAGCUGCCUCUGGAGAAGUGCAGACCUACCAGAUCCGUACGGCCAACACCAGCAGCAUGACUCCUGGGAUGGUGAUGGCCUCCUCUCCCGCCCUGUCUGGCCAGGAAGGCCCAGAGGUUGUCGUCACCCGUAAGAGGGAGGUCAGACUGAUGAAGAACAGGGAGGCGGCCCGGGAGUGUCGUCGGAAGAAGAAGGAGUACGUCAAGUGUCUGGAGAACCGUGUGGCCGUUCUGGAGAACCAAAACAAAACCCUCAUCGAGGAACUGAAGUCACUUAAAGACUUGUACUGCCACAAAUCAGAGUAGUGUCCCACCCCCAUGUACAGAGACUCACCACAGAGCCAUGCAUCUGGCACCACCCUCCCCCAGUUAUCCUUUUAUUUUUAAAAAGCGCUACCAGUCUAGAAGACCUACAGAAAGAGGAAAAAGAACAAGAACACAAUUUCUCCACUUUUUCACAAGUAUCCCUUUAAAAGGAUGACAUGAGUACCCCUAAAAAGGAUGGCCUCAUGAGUACCCCUAAAAAGGAUGGCCUCAUGAGUACCCCUAAAAAGGAUGGCCUCAUGAGUACCCCUAAAAAGGAUGGCCUCAUGAGUACCCCUAAAAGGAUGGCCUCAUGAGUACCCCUAAAAGGAUGGCCUCAUGAGUACCCCUAAAAGGAUGGCCUCAUGAGUACCCCUAAAAGGAUGGCCUCAUGAGUACCCCUAAAAAGGAUGGCCUCAUGGGUACCCCUAAAAAGGAUGGCCUCAUGGGUACCCCUAAAAAGGAUGGCCUCAUGGGUACCCCUAAAAAGGAUGGCCUCAUGGGUACCCCUAAAAAGGAUGGCCUCAUAAGUACCCCUAAAAAGGAUGGCCUCAUAGGUACCCCUAAAAAGGAUGAUGAGUACUUUCCAUCAUGAGUACCCCUAAAAGGAUGAGGUGGAGCACACUGUUUCUCCACCAAUAGAAUGGAGCCUCUAGUGGAAUCUUACAGUGGUAGGUAUUGUGUCUAUCCACGACACCACUGCUGCUAACUAACCAGUAGUCCCCAGUCUCAAGAUGUCAGAUACCAGGAAAACACCAGCCGUGGAGGACUAGGACCCCUCUGCCCACCAUGAACUACCCUAUACAACUAUUGAGUUUGGACCGUCACCUGGCAACACACGUUGAAAAUGAUUUUGGAAAAAUGGUCAUCUUUUUGAGUGCUACACUAUUCAGUAUUUAGGCUGAUGAUUGCUUUAACUCUUCUGUUACUUACUAACACUUUAUGUGGACUGUAGAUCCCAACCACUGUCAGAUGAAAUGUAUUAUCUUUGAGCUUGAGUUGGGUUAUCAUGUAUUUAAUUUUUCUGCUUGCCAACUUUUGUUAUUCAGCAUUGCUAAGUCGGGUGUUUUGGGGUAGGAGAUGGAUUGUCUGCAACAACUAACAGGCAUUAAAAGGUAACCUCAGCGAUAUGAUGUAGAUGCAGAAUGUAAACAGCAUAGUGGGUCAAUUUCCACAACUAAGAGUGUUGAAGCGUGAGGCUCAACUUCUCCGCUGUUUUGGUGCCGUGGCUACCACUACAACGUGAAGCGAUACUGUGUGAUGGCAAAGUGUUGCAUCUCACUCAUCUCAAUAUCUCCGGUGCUGCUCGGGGAGGAAAGUCAUUUCGCUGAGUACCUUUUUAAAGAGUUGUGCUAAUGUAAACUGAGCUACCACACAGCUGACAGGAGGAGUUGUGAAAUAUGACUGAAGGGUAGACUAUGGGUGUUGUAUAGUGUGCUUUUAGGCAUUCAUGUAAUGUAUACGAUGUCUGAGGCAGUGUGUGUGUUUGAGUCUCCUUGUUUGUUUCUCCAUGGCCUGAACAGGCAUAAGGCAUAAUCAUAUUGGAGGAUAUCCUAACUUCCACUUAACUUAAUCAUGCAUUGACAUCAAUGGGAUUGUAGAGUGAAAGUUAGGAUUAGCCCCACAAUCUCACUUUUUCAUCUGUUGUGCCUCAAACACUUCUGAUAGAACAAGGGAAGAAGCAUUUUCUAUCAUGUAGUUAGUUAAAAGGGAUAGUUUGCUUGGAUCUGCAGUGAUGACGUAGACCUUGAUUUUGGGAUCCGUCGCUGACAUUUAGACUAACAACUCAUCAACAAACGUGGGAUUACACCAGGGGUGCGUUCAGCAGCUCACAACAAUGUGGAACAGAUAAAAAUGUUCAGCUAGAACUGUUUUGUAGAACAGACAUGCCUUUCUGACAUGUAAAAUAAGGAUUCAUGUCAACUAUAUUUCUAUCGGCAAUGUUCCAUAACAUUUGCUUACUGAACCCGGUCUUCUGUUUGAUUGGAUAACGGAAUGCCAUAUUGUAUUAUUUUGUUUUUACAUAGCCAUCUGUCAUAAAUAACAUAUGCAUCUUAUUUUUAAAACACUUGCCAUUUCUGUUCAUAUUUUGUAAAUGUAUUUCUUAAUGUCAGCAUUCACUUGUAUGAAAAAAGCAAAACAAUUAUAUUACAGAUUCUACUAUUUGUUUUUGGCAGCUGUUAAUAAAUGUGUUUCUGGUA